AUGGAUUCAUACCUUUGCCUCAUCGGAGUCCGAAGGAUAGAUUGUCUUGCAGCUGUAACAAUAACAUUCGACAAAGAAGUACUUGAAAUAUUUCGGUUCCGCUUUUGUCUGUCUCGCAAUAAGGCCCCAUUUACGACAUGCACUACAGAAACUUCUCAGCGGUUGCCUGUAAUUCCGGUUCAUCGGGACGGUGUGACUAAGAUAUUCUCCGUCGAGUCCGUCUAUCGCACCAUUUGGUGGGCAGCCUUAGAGCUGGAACUCAUUUUUGUCGUGAAUUCCCGUUAA